UUAUUUGAUAAAAAAACAAAAUUGAUGUGAAGGCUGAAAAAAGAGGAGCAGGUUAUAGUUUAAGUUGAAAUGCUCAGUUCCUGUAUUAAAAGGCAGAUUGCUUUAGCAGGCGCAAAAAAUCUGGUUCUGGGUCUCACUUGUUUCUCAUCAUCACUUCUUCACAGGUCCUUCAGUGCAGGUAUGUCUUCAGCGGUAGAGAGAAACAAUGUGGACAACAACAAACCCAUCACUCGGGUUCUCUUUUGUGGACCACAUUUUCCAGCUUCACAAAAUUAUACUAGAGAAUACUUGGAGAAGUAUCCUUUUAUCCAAGUUGAUGACUUGCCCCUCGAGCAAGUUACUGAUCAUAUUGGGAACUAUGAUCUUUGUGUUGCAAAAAACAUGCGGUUCGAUUCAAAUGUCUUAUCUCGUGCAAAAAAGAUGAAGCUUAUAAUGCAGUUUGGCGUUGGCCUAGAAGGUGUUGAUUUUGAUUCUGCUACAAAGCAUGGGAUAAAAGUUGCCAGAAUUCCUGGUGGUGCUACUGGAAAUGCUGCAUCUUGUGCCGAAAUGGCUAUAUAUCUAAUGUUGGGCCUUCUUAGGAAACAGAAUGAGAUGCAAAUAUCUGUAAAGCAGCAAAUGCUUGGAGAGCCUGUUGGGGACACACUUCUUGGGAAAACUAUCUUUAUACUGGGCUUUGGAAAUAUUGGAACUGAGUUGGCCAAGCGCCUAAAAACAUUUGGUGUUAAAGUUAUUGCUACGAAAAGGAGCUGGCCCUCAACUUUGGAAGUUACCCCAAAAGCUUUUCCAAGUCAAAACGAGGUCAUUGAUGAUUUGGUUGACAAGAAAGGCAUACAUGGAGAUAUUUAUGAGUUUGCAAGCAAUGCCGAUAUAGUUGUCUGUUGCUUGAAUUUGAAUAAAGAUACAGUUGGCGUUGUGAACAAGUCCUUCUUAUCUUCAAUGAAAAAGGGAGCCCUUUUGGUGAAUGUUGCUCGAGGAGCUCUUUUAGACUAUGAGGCAGUUGUGCAUCAUCUCAAGUCAGGACACUUGGGAGGCUUAGGAACUGAUGUUGCAUGGAGAGAACCAUUUGAACCUGAUGACCCCAUUUUGAAAUUCAAGAAUGUUAUACUGACACCUCAUGUUGCCGGGGUUACUGAACAUUCUUACCGAACCAUGGCGAAGGUUGUUGGUGAUGUUGCCUUACAACUUCAUGCUGGAAACCCUUUCACAGGGAUAGAGUUAGUCAAUUAGUUGACUCGGAAUCGAACCUAAAAUUUAUGUCAGUUUUAGGUUCAGUCAAUCAUUGGAAACUUGUUAUUUCGAUUAUCAAAACAAAUCAUGUCAUGGAAAUUUGGGAUAUCCCCAAUUUAUUUCA